CAGCCACGAUCUCAUUCACAGUUACGUGACCUCUAAACAUACCCACUCCCCUACCUCGUCGAGACAGAACGCAAUACGUCUGCACCUUAGCGUCGGCCGAUACAUCCAUUGCUGACCAUGUCUAACAACGCGGCCACUGGCAUCGAUGCCACCCCCAACACCAACAUCCACACGCAAAACCCCGACGAGAAGCUUGCUCAUCUCUCCGGCAGCGAUGACAUGGCUCUAUCGUCUUCCCCACCUUCAAAGGACCGCCGUGAGAGCAGGGAAUGGGACGCUGCCAAAGUCCCACCCUCACAGUUCCAACGCCGCAAGGGAAGCAUCUACGCAACUCCCAGCUCAAGAGAUGGCCACGUAAAGGGUAGCGAUCGGGAUAAGGCAUACCACGACAAGCUCAAGGAGAAGGGCUGGUCCAAGUAAAUGUCGUCGACCCACCUUUCAUCGUCGCAGGCGAGCGAUUGGGAAGAUGAGUGAACUGCGUACGAACUGAGUACGAAUGAUGACCGCCGUUUCUUUUCUGUAUCUGGGGGCUUGAUGUUCUGUUUAUCGGAUUCCGCAGCAGCCACCGUCCUUGGGAGAAAAGGUGGAUCGGCUCUGUAGGAUGAUGGAGUUUGAUUUUACAACAUGAAAUACAUGUCCUACAUGCAUGGAUGCAUGCGAAUUGGUUUUCUGCCUAUUUUCUUUAUUCAUAUCCACUCAAACAAUGGCAUAUGUUCAUUACCAUCUGUCUAUGCAUGCAUGUAUUGAGCUGAAUCUCGUUAUCCAUCGCGAUCCCAUGCACUCCAAAUUAAUCUGAAGU